GUCAAAUGGUUGGAAUUUCGAGGUGCCUCGCCCUCCAGAUAGUGCUUCUGAUUGCCGGAGCACAUGGAGCUAACAUUCUGGGUCUGUUCACCAGCCUGAGUCCGUCGCAUUUGGUCAUCCAAAUGUCGAUGGCUCGGAUACUGGCCGAGCAAGGCCACAACAUGACUGUUGUGACGGUUCUAAAACCGCCGUCCUUACACAAGAACAUCAAUCACAUUCUGGUGCCAAUGAAUGAGGAUACCCUCAACGCAUUCAGUUCUCUGGUCGGCGGCAUGUCGAAAACGGACAACAGCAAUGCGAUUGUGUCUAUGUUUCGAUCGCUAAAAGUGAUAAGCGAGUCGUUCUCCAAGAUGGGCGAUGUGAUGAAGCAGCCGUUGAUCAGAGAUCUCUACGAGCACGCGGAUAACAAGUUCGAUUUGGUCUUGAUGGGCUACUUUAUGAACAGUUAUCAACUGGCCGUGGCCCACAAGCUGAAGGUUCCUGUGGUGGUGGCCGUUUCGAACCCACCAUCCUUCUUGGGAUACGUGCUGGGAAACCCUUCGGAAGUCUCCUAUGUGCCGCCAAUGAACAUGGUCAUUGAAAGUGGCCAAUCCCUGGGCUUUGGACGCCGUGCGCUCAACCUGUUGGGAAGCUUGGCAAUUCGGCUGUUCAUGUUCGUCAUUGAGUUGAAGAAUACCAAGAUCUACAGGGAGAUCUAUGGCAACGACCCCACACUGCCCAGCUAUGAGGACUUGAACAAAAACAUUUCGCUCAUCUUCUUCGCCUCGCACGGCAUCAGCGAGGGACCCAUCCGACCCAAUGUACCAGCUGUAAUCGAAGUCGGUGGCAUACAGGUCAAGGAACAGCCGGAUGCGUUGCCAGAAAACAUGGAGAAGUUCCUGGGCGAAGCUCCACAAGGAGCUAUUCUACUCAGCCUGGGCUCCAACCUGAAGCAGGAUCACCUGAGCGCCGACACGUUGCAGAAAAUGUACAAUGUCCUCUCCAAGCUGCAGCAGAAGGUGAUCUGGAAGUGUGACGAUUUGGAGAACGUGCCGGGCAGGUCGGAAAACAUACUCUACUCCAAGUGGGUGCCCCAGGACGACGUCCUGGCACAUCCGAACCUAACGCUCUUCAUCACCCAUGCGGGAAAGGGCGGCAUCACGGAGGCCCAGUACCAUGGAAAACCCAUGUUGGCCCUGCCAGUUUUCGGAGACCAGCCCGCCAAUGCCGAUGCCAUGGUGCGGCAGGGCUUUGGACUGAAGCAAAGCCUGCUCACCCUGGAGGAGGACAGCUUCCUUCAGGGCAUUCGGGAGGUUCUCGAGAAUCCCAAGUACGCCACUGCCGUAAAGUCCUUCUCCACGCUCUAUCGAGAUCGACCCAUGAGUGCUAGAAUGAGCCUGAUCUACUGGGUGGAGUACGUGAUGCGCUACCAUGGAGCAGCGCACAUCCAGAGUCCUGUGGUGCACAUGAGCUACAUAGCAGCCCAUAACCUGGACGUCUAUGCUGUCAUCCUGGCAACUAUUGUUGCGCUCUGCUUUAUUACUAAAUUAGUUUUUGGUUUAGUGUUUAGAAAACUUAGACAGAGUUCUGGAAAGUCAAAAGUAAAUCAGCAACGAAAGCUCAAGAAAAAACAGAGCUAGUACUGCAAACUAUGUAUUUAUAGAUAAAAACUUGCCCAACUCCUGCCAAAUAGUUACUAAGCGAGCAAGAAUAAAAACAAAUCAAUUGAAU